AUGAUUAUAUUUUCAGUAUUCCAUUCAAAUGAACGUCUUGCCUCACUAUUUCCUGAUUCAGCGAUUCUUGUUGUUCUCGGUCUAGCAGCAGGCGCUGUUUUGGAUCGUUUCUGGCCACAUGAACUCUAUCUUCAUCCAGAUCUAUUCUUUUUGUAUUUAUUGCCCCCGAUAGCUCUCGAAGCUGGAUAUUUUCUUCCGAGAAGAGAAUUUUUUCGCAAUAUUGGUACGAUAACACUAUAUGCGGUAAUCGGAACUCUGUGGAAUAUAAUUUCAAUCGGAGAUACGACAAUUGCAGGCAUUGUAUUAUAUCUGUUCUCACCGUAUUACUCGCGAUCAGUGCCGUUUAUCGAUUUACUUCUAUUCGCUACAUUAAUAUCAGCUGUUGAUCCAGUCGCAGUUUUGAGUGUCUUCGAAGAAAUCAAAGUCAAUAAACUUCUUCAUAUUUGUGUUUUUGGAGAAUCGCUCUUGAACGAUGCCGUUACCAUUGUUCUUUACCAUGCACUUAGUGCGAUGGCUCGCAUUGGACCUGAACACUUGGAGACGGAAGACUUCGUUAAGGCAUCACUCUCAUUCUUCCUCGUUGUAUUUGGAGGCAUAGCGAUUGGCAUGGUUUGGGCUGCUAUCACAGGACUUACAACACGGUUCUCGAAUAAAGUGCAAGUGGUGCAACCAAUGAUAUGCUUGUUAUUCCCUUAUCUUGCAUAUCUCAUUUCCGAGAGUGUUCAUAUGUCAGGCAUCCUCGCGAUCGUUGUGUGUGGACUGAUGAUGAAAAGGUUCGUGAAAGGAAAUCUAUCCGAAAAAUCACUCGUCACUGUCACCUACUUUCUUAAAACUCUUUCGUCAAGGUGCGAUCUCAAAUUGAGCACUGUGCACUUUCGUACAUUUGUUCUGACGUAUAUUGCAAAUCGCCAUCGAGUGGAAAAGAUUCGUUUGGUGGAUCAGUUCAUAAUGUCUUACGGCGGACUUCGAGGUGCGAUUUGCUAUGGUCUUGCGAUGACACUGGAUAAAGACGUCGUUUUAGCAAAGGAUAUGUUCGUCUCAACGACAGUGAUCGUGAUUGCGUUCACUGUAUUCAUACAGGGCACUACGAUAAAACCACUCGUGAAAUUACUUGAUGUCAAAACAGAGGAGAUAAGGGAAGUAACCGUUACUGAGCAGCUCCUUAGUGAUGUGAGAAAUAUUCAUCUUUUUUUUUCUUCAAAACGAUCGGAGAUUAUAUUGUGUAUUUUUGAAAGGAAUAGAAAUUUAAUGGCUCAGGACGAUAUAAUGGCUGGAAUUGAAGCAAUACUUGGUGUGCAAGGCCCGAAUAUGGUAUGA